AGGCGGCCUUGUGGCAUACGCUUGGAUGUGAUGCUACGCGGUCCGGUCUUCAGCCCACUCGAGCUUGCGUGAGGUGGACCGUGGGAUGGUGAGGGGGCCUCUGUGCCUCCAAUCUUGCAUCCCGUUGCUUGUGAAGCUCCUCCGUCCUGGCGCUGUUUCCUCUUUUGUUGGCAGCCUUCGUAAUGCUGGAUGACGCCGUCGCUUGCCCCCCAAGAAAUUAGAUAUAACUUGACCCGUGACGCGCCAGUCGUCCCUUCCAAUCUCUAUCUGUCUUCGUGAAGCUAUGGCCUCUUGAUGAACACAAGAGCUAUCCUUCCUAAUCACUCGACCCGCCAGCACAAAUUCGCCUCCUCGGGCUCGGACUGUGGCCUCCACCUUACUAGGUAUGCUGCCGCGGCUCUCAUCGUCGACGAUGCCGUCUUCGUCCAGCUCGGCCGGGUGAACAAUCAAAUGGCACCUCGGGAGCCAAGCAUUGGAGGGGACAACAUAAACCCACCUACCCGUACGCCGUUGCCACUUUCAAAAAGGUCUCAUCUCUCACCUUACUGGCCAUCAAAGCGACGACCCUUUUUUUCGGUCUUCCCACUGCAAGUACUACUCGGCCAUUUUCUGCUCCUACCCGUCAAAGAUAAAACCUGGAAAUCAUCGAACAAUUUUGACGUGGUAGGGGAGGAAGGGAAGCAAAACCCCUGUUCCCUGAUUGUGUCCCUUCGUUCCCCACCUGCACCAGCCACAUGUGCCCACCUUCACAUGUCAGGCUAUGUCUCACCUACCUGCAGGGACAACCUCAACGUUGAGAGCUCUUGCGUCCCAUUCUACAUGCCAGUGAGAAGUGACGUGAAAUGCCUACGGGCACCUUUCUUCGUAAAGUAUCGGAAGCUAUAGAUGCUGGAGGAAUUGGUGAAAGUUCGGAUGACGCUGAUUUAAAGUGUCAUUUGGCUCUCGUGCUCAGCUUCUCGCACGUCGUC